AGGUCUUGAGGUCGAACCUGAAGUCAGUUCGUGCAUCGUGGUCAUUAGAGGAGCUGCUGUCUUGACACACAGACGAUAACGUGAAGAUGUCCCACAGAUCUGUGCAGUGGCUCGUCGUCAUGCUGCUCGUCGUCUUCACAGCAGCACAGUGUGAACAGAACGAGAGCCGCCGAGCUGUGAGCGAACACCAGCUGUUGCACGACCGUGGCCGAAACAUCCAGAGUCUGAAGAGGCUCAUCUGGCUGUCCAGCGCCAUCGAGGGGCUGCACACUGCCCAGACCCGCUCCGCCGCUCUCAGCCAAGCAAAGGUCCUGGACCUGGAUCUGAACCCGGCGAUGGUCCCUGAUGCUCCGGGCCCCCGACCCGCCCGGGUGCAGAGCCUCCUGAGAGACUUCUUCAACAACCCCUACCUGACUCAGCUGUCGGACACAGAGGCCUGACUCUGUGAAGAAGUCCGCAGACACAUAAAUAUUUAUUGUCUCCAUCAUUUGAACAAUGAAACACAUAAAGCACAAUGAUACAUAAACGACACACAUUUGCUGCAGAUGCAUCCAAAUGUUGCAAGAAAUUAAAGUUUUAGUCGAGAGAGUCUUUGAGUUAAAGCUGCAUGAAAGUCUGUUGAUGUGCAGAGUCGCACAAAUGUCUCAAUGUUCAGUCAUAGUUACAUCAAGGACUCGCUACAAGCGAAAAAUAAAAGGUCUUUAAGGAGCAGUCCUCGGAACCGAGCACGAAAGGAACAACAUAAAGUCAAACUUACCCAGAUU